CAACAGAACCCAAAACACGUUCGAAUCCGCACUGCCAACACACCCACCAACAACGUUCGCACCAGCCACUCCACCAACACCAUUAUUUCGUCGCAAAGAAUCGCCAUGUUCCCCAGCCUGGUUCCGGUCCCGGGCAUGAACAGCUACUACGACGACGCCGGCAGAGCCGACGACGACGACGACCUCGGCCUCUCCGCCAUGAUGGCCAAAACGGUCAGCGCGGCAACAUCGCGGCCAGCGCGGGGACGAUCGGAAAGGGACCGGGGCGCCUCGCGCUCUCGCUCGCGGUCCCGAUCGUCCUCCAUCCUCCGCCGAAUGGUCGAGAGCGUCCGGGCCGAGAAAGAAACAAAAACAACGGCGACGGUGAACCAUCACUCGCGGGACGGUCCGUCGAUCCCCCGCCGGGGACGGAGCCGCGACCGGAUCGGGGGCGAGAGCGCCGCCGGCGACGAGAACAAGAACGAGAACGACACGAGCACAAUUGCCACUAACACGGGCCGGUCGCGGUCUCGGUCCGUGGUGAAGAGCAUCAAGAGCAGAGACGAAAAGACGAAAACCUCGUCGAAGGAAAAAGAAAAAACGAAAACGAAACGAAAGUCGAAGAAAAUCCGUCGGAUAAGUCUGCCGGUGACGCCGAGCGAAGAAAAGAGCGAGACGGCAUCGAGCUCGUCCAAGAAGAGCGAGACGGCAUCGAGCUCGUCCAAGAAGAGCGAAAAGAAAAAGAAAUCCUCCAAAACAAAAAAAUCCUCAUCGUCGAGAUCGGAACGGACCGUCGACCCCGUCGUAUCCGAAACAGAGGACAGCGUCUAUUCGUCGCGCAGCCACCAGAGAGCAGAUAGUGAGGCGAUGCACAUCAAACACGAAAUGGACGUUCUGUUCCCGUCGCCCCAUCCACCCAAGAAAAAAAACGCGGCGACAAAAAGCAGGAAAUCCACCAGCCGAAAACAUGGCAGCAGCAGCAGCAGCGCCACGGACCACUGCUCCGAGGCCGUCUCGUUUGAACCGCUUGUGUCCGCCACCCCGGACUGGGAGCGCUCCCCGCACUCGACCAUUGCCGAAGCCAGGGAAUCCUCCGAAAAGAGCCAGGCAAGCGGAGGCAGCGGCGUGCGCAUAAUGAGCAACAAGGCGGCCGAGGAGCUGGCGGAGGCGGCCCUGAGCCGGGUCGCCGCCCGCAAAACGGUGGGCCGGAACCUCUCCGGGACGAGCUUUGGCAGCGGGGCGACGGACGGGUCUUGGUUUUCCACCGAACAAUUGUCGGUCGGGGGGGACCGCGGGGCCCGGCGCACAAUCAGCCAGGCCGAGGCGAUCGCUGACGACGACAACGAGAGCUACAAGAGCAUGGGCAGUAACAGCGGCUUCCGAAGCCGCCGAAGCCGCGGGAAGAACACAGCCGUGCCGCUCCGGAGAAAGAUCAUCGACGAGUACAAAAAGGAGGCCGAGACCCUGCAGCACGAGCUGUCGUACGCGCAGGCGGAAAUCGCGGAACUCGACCAGAGCCUCAAUCUGGAACGGGAGUCGUCGAAGGCCGCAAGAGACGCUUGCACCGGUGCAAAAAAGGAACUCGAACGAGUCCAGGAGGAGAAGGAUUUCCUGAUCGAAUCCGUCCGGGAGAUCGAGAAAAACCUGGUGGCCAAAGACGAGCGUGUAAAAAAACUAGAACAGGUGGUGGAUCAGCAACUGGAUACGGUAGAACUCUUGGAACGCAAGCUGGGGAAAACAGAAGAAGAACUCCUGCGUGUGGAGGAAGAGCUCGGUGAAGCACUCGGUGCGAACGAGGACACAAAUGAAACGGUCCCAGCCGAAAGCGGCAGCCUCCCUACGGCUCGCAUGGGAUCCAUACGGAAGGAUGUCGUCGAGCUCAAAGGCACCAUCGGUCUGCGAAAAGAAGAAUCUCGGCGUUUUUUGUUGCAGGCAACGAGCGAGGUCGAUUCGACAGAAGAGGGUGGCAAUCCAUCAAAACGUCGCGAGUUGAUAGCCAGAUCCGACCAAGAGAAGUUUUCGAAGAGGGAAAAGGAAUUGGAUGCCCGGGAACGUGAUCUCCUGGAAUUCGAAGACCGGCUGAAGAAAGAGAGCGCCAGGAUACAGAACGAACGACAAGCCACGAACCAGAACGAUGCGAACGGUAUCGACUCACAGAUUACACUGAACGAGAAAUCGAAACUGAUGAAACUCGAGCUCGAAAACGAAAGCCUCCGGGAGAAACUCGACCGCGUCAUGAAUAUGAUGGCCAACGAUGGCGAGGCAACCGUCGGUCGCAAAGUUACUAUGGAUCCGUCGCCCGCCAGCGAAGGCGAUGGUUCGGGCGCAGAAGCUGCUACCGAUACCCACAACGAGGUGAUUCGGAAUCUCACAGAAAAAGUCGAAGCGCUGGGCGAAGAAUGCCGGACCAGGGACAGCGAUCUAUCCGAUGCACUCGCCCGUGUGGAGAGAAAGAACGACAUCAUCCAAAACCUCAGGGAAGAGGUCGCAAAACUAAGUGGAACCAAACCAAGCGACGAUGGUGGCAGCGCUGUCCAUGCGCAAGCAGCCCCAGUCGAGAGAAACUCCGACCUCAUUCAGAAUCUCGAGGAAGAAAUCGAACAGCUGCGGAAAAAGGUAGAGAUCAAAAACGGCGAUCUGACCGAUGCACUGGCCCGUGUGGAGAGAAAGGACGAACUCGUCCAGAGUCUUAAGGAACGAGUCGAAAAGAUGGGUGAUAGGUGUCGGAUGAAAGACGAAGAUCUAUCCGACGCGAUGGCUAUUGUCGACAACAAAAAUGAUCUCAUCGAGAGUCUCAAGGAACAAGUUGAAAAGUUCGAUAAGAAUGGUGGUGACCUUUCGGGUGCCCUCUGCCUCGUAGAGAAAAAGAGCAAGCAAAUCAAGGGUCUCGAGGAAGAGGUUGAACGGCUAGAGGUAAAAUGUAGGGCCAAAGACGGUGACCUGUCCGAUGCAUUGGCUCUUGUUGACACAAAGAAUGAAAUCAUCAAGAAUCUUAAGGAAGAGGUCGAAAAGGCGAACGAAAUCUGUCGGAACACCGAAAAUAGUGACGUAUCCGACGACGUCGCCCUAGUGGAACGAAAGACUGAGCGCAUCAAAUGUCUCGAGAAAGAAGUCGAACAGCUAGUUGAAAAGUACGAGACCAGAAAUGGUGAUGUAGAGAGAAAGGAUAACCUGAUCACGAGUCUCAAGGAAGAAUUGGAAAAGCUCGACGAAAAGUGUCAGAACACAGAGAACGACCUAGCCGAUGCAUUGGCCCUUUUGGAGAGGAAAAACGAUCUGAUCAAGAGUUUGAAAACGGAGGUCAACAAGGCAGAUGAAAAUUCUGAGAUCGAGAGAAUCAAGAGUCUGGAGGAAGAAGUCAAAAAGAUUGCUGGAGAAUGCCACUCCAAAGAUACCGAACUCUCUAAUGCACUAGCCCUUGUUGAGAAAAAGAAUGAACUUAUCAAUACUCUCGAAGAAGAGGUUGGAAAGUUGAAAGAAAAUUGCCAGGAUGCUAGUGGCGGAGAAGACGAUGGAAAGGAUCUUCUAAUCAGAGAAUUACAAAAUCAGUUGGUCGAAUCGAAGAAGCAGGCACAUCACUAUAGUUCGGGAUCUUAUGUAAACAAACUGAAACACCAAAUCAAGGCCUUGAAGGAGAACAUUCGUGGUCUGAAAAUAAGGCUGAAACAAGAAGAAACAGUUACUGAUUCAACUCUGAAGAAAAAGGACGAUUCGAUUCGAUUGGUAGAGAAACAAAUGGAGAAAUUAAAAUUCGAAUUAGAGAGAAGAGAAAAACGCGAGGAGAGUCUAGGAACCGAUGGGACAGUCAGCGAUAGUGGUUUAAAUAGGCUCAUCGAAGAUUUAGAAGAAGAGAUUGUACACUUGAAAACGGAGAACACCAACUUGAAGAAGGAGAUGGAACAAAUCGAAGCUAAUGAAAAUCUAGGCAGAGACAGCUCUCGGAGCAAUGGAGUUGAUAUAGGCGACGAUUGUUCACUUGGAUCAAUAGAAAGUUUCACCUCGCAGCUGUCACAGCUUUCUUUUUGCAGCGUCCAUAGCGCUUCCCAGCUUCAAAACAGAGAACCUGAAACUUCGGGAGCGAUGCAAAGAGUGUCAAACCUCUGGUCAAAGAUGAGAAAAGGAGGGGAACCACCAAACUCGGGCCAAACUUUCCCGUACGCUAUAGGGAGCCUCAACAACGACUGAAUCGACACUGUCAUCCGCGUUGAUUCUGCCCAUCGAGAUCAAGACACAUCAUUUUCAGGGCCGCCUAAUGGACCCCCAAUCCCAACAUGUUAUACUUUUGAAAAUGGAUUGGUCGCCUCUAGAGUUGCACUCCUUCGCAUUGAAGAGAGAACCUUGAAAACACAAUUUUGAGAAGUGGACGAAUCUUCGGUUUUAUGUGCUUGAAUUUUGUUACAUAGUUACAUUCUACUAAUUGUGUAAAACCAAUUUUGUAAUUUAUCUCUCUUUAUCUUCUUUCCUUGGUCUUUGAUCCCCUAAUGUUUCUUUCUGAAUGAUGCUCCCUAGAUUUUGUAUUAAAUCUCUUUCACAUCU